AAAAUUUAUCUGCAUUUAUCACCGGCCUCCUGACUCACACACUCUCACACACACAAGGCUAACAUAGAUUAUACACACUUGACACUUCUACUAAAGAAUCUAUAAAAUCCAAUCAACAAAUUAUCCCUUCACGUUUCCCAGCUGGGGGCUCAUAUCUCUAUCUUCUCUCGUGUGCUAUCUAUCAUACUCUUUGUUUUCUGGUACAUGUGAGUUUUUGCCUCUUUAUGGUACGAUUUUAUGCCUCUUGUUUCAUUGCAGAAUGACCAAUUCUUGAGUCUUUUUGAAUUAAUCCUGUCUAGUUUUCAAUUUUCUUGAUCUGGGUUCUUGGCAGUUCCAUCCAAGAUCACAUUUUUUCAGUAAAAAUUAGCUUCUUUGAGCUUCUUACCGCAAUCUUGAAAUUAAAUAUUAAUCUGGGCUUCAGUGGUUUUGGAGAGUCUGCGCGGCGCAUGGUUUAGCAGAUUCAUUCUAAUGACUUUGAGAAAAUGGAUUUCUUGCUAAGAAAUCUGCCUAUGAAGUUAGACUGAAGUUUGAAUUCAAACACCCGAACUCAAGCGUGUGAUUAUGUAACUUUCCCUGCUGGUUGAGGACAGAAGAUUCUACCUUUGAUCUACAUAUGAUACUACUUGGUAGCUUGUCUCAGAGAAUUACUAUCCACUAGAUAUAGACAACUUGUGUGAUAUCACUACGUUUGUAUAUGAUUAUGGGCCGGGGCAGAGCAAAAGGAAAGAAGCUGUCCGUAACUAACCAAGAAGAUCUUGGGAGCGGUGAGGAAGAAAAGAUCCCUGCACAGAAGAGAAGAGGAAGGCCACAGAAAUCACUUAAAGAGGAGAUAGACGAGGAUGAAUCCCAGAAAAUAGACGAGGAAGACAGUGACGACACAACUGGGCUACCCAAUAAAGACAUGAAAGGCAAAAUUUCGACACAGAAUGGGAAAAAACGGAAAAGGAACAUCCAAGUAAAGGAGAAAAUCGAGUCAGUGAAAGAGGAAAAUGGAAGUGUGACCAGAUCGAAUGCUGAUGAGUCGAACAAAUCAAAUGGUUUCCGCCAAAACGGAAACAGGCGAAAGAACAAACCCCGUCGAGCUGCUGAGGCAAUUGUGGAGUGCAACUGAAAAGAGUGAUCAGUGAUCAGCCUCUUGAAGAGAACUUUUGUCUGUAACAGCAGAUGCCAGUGGAAGUGAAGAGCUUGUCUCCUCUACUUGUGUUCUUACAAUUUUUACUUCUCAUUUUUUGGCACAUUUGUUCUGAAUUCAUAGUGUAUUUGGACAUGGCUGGUCACACUUGUAAUGAUUUUGAGACAUUGGUGUCUUGUGAUGACAAUGAUAUCUUCUGUGAUGUUCACAUGA